AUGGGGGCCCAUCAAUCAAGUCCAAUGGAAGUCUGCCUCAAAGCCGCUGUUGGUGGUAAUGGAGAUUUGGUCGCCUUUCCUUCGAAAGUGUUGUACCAACUCCAAGAUGUGAAGCCCUACAACAUGGACGUUGCUGUGCAUCCUGUCGCCGUCACGUAUCCUAAGACAGCGGAUCAAGUUUCUGAAAUUGUAAAGUGUGCGACAGCUACAGCUGGUUAUACCGUUCAGCCUAGAGGCGGAGGACACUCUUAUGCAAACUAUGCUCUCGGCGGAGGAGACACUAGCACCAUAGUAGUCGACCUGAAGAACUUCGUUGGGUUCUCUAUGGACACAAAUAGCUGGGAAGCCACUAUUGGCGGUGGAACCCGAUUGGAAGCUGUUACGAAGAAUCUCCUCGCCAACGGCAAUCGCGCAAUGGCCCAUGGAACCUGUCCAGAUGUUGGAAUAGGCGGUCAUGCAACAAUGGGAGGCCUCGGCCCAACCAGUCGUAUGUGGGGAUCUGCCAUGGAUCACGUUCUGGAAUAUGAGGUUGUCCUGGCGAACUCUAGCAUCGUUAAAGCCUCAGCGACCAAAUAUCCGGAAGUCUUCUGGGCGAUGAAGGGAGCAGGCGCUUCAUUUGGUAUUGUGACAAACUUCAGGGUCAGAACACAGCCUGCGCCUGGAGAAAUGGUGGAAUAUUCUUACACCUUUUCCGGGACACCAUAUACGAAACAUGCGCAGCGAUUCAAGGACUGGCAAACUCUGAUCUCAAACCCAGAUCUUAGCAGAAAAUUCGCUAGUCAGGUCGUUAUCACUGCCGUUGGUAUGAUCAUCUCUGGUACUUUCUUUGGAACCAAAGCGGAAUUCGAUGCCUUGAAUAUGACUUCGGUCUUCCCCGACAACUCGAAGGCGGAUGUCAUCGUAUUCAACAACUUCCUCGGAGCAGUCGCUCACUGGGCUGAAGACGUCUUUCUCAAUCUAGGUGCCCUGAGCGCGUCUUUUUACUCCAAGAACCUCGCAUUUACGAAGUCGGAUCUCAUUCCAGCCACUACCAUCGAUGCUUUCUUCAAAUAUCUUGACACAGUCGACAAAGGAACGUUGAUCUGGUUUGCCAUCUUCGAUCUCGAGGGAGGAGCAAUCAAUGAUAUCGCACCAUCUGCAACAGCCUACGGCCAUCGGGAUGCAUUGUUCUAUCUCCAAACCUACGGAGUCGGAAUCACAGGCGUGACAAGUAAGAUUCGCAACUUCAUCACAGGGAUGAACGAUGUCAUCAACUCUGGUUUCCCAGGCAAGACUUUGGGGGCUUACGCUGGUUAUGUCGAUCCAGCGUUACCAAAUCCUCAACAACGGUACUUUGGUUCGAAUUUGCCAGAGUUGGAAAGGUUGAAGAAGGUUCUUGAUCCAAAGGAUAUUUUCCAUAAUCCGCAGAGUAUUCGUCCAGCAAAGUAA